UACACCCAUCGGCCAAAGGACGCGAUGGCCGGGUACCGCCGCACUAUCUCGUUCCCGGCCCCGAAGCCCGCGGCGGACGCCUUUGCGUUGGCGACCGCGGGCGACAAGCUGGCCGCGUACCGCAUCCGCUCGGCCAGCCUCCCCUGCCGCUUCCACCCGCUGCUGCUGCAGCUCGACGACGACGUGGCCGCGCUGCGCCUGGUGAUCGGCCAGUCGCCGCCAUCCGCUGUCGCGCCCACGGCGUCGUCCGUGUCCGCGGCCGCGUCGCAGGUCGGGCGGGUGCUCGUGUCGCUUUCCGAGCUGCUGCACCACCCGCAGGUGCAGGAGCCGCUGCGCCGGCUGGGGAGGUCGCCAUUCGCGGAGCGGCUGCUCGACGACUUCCUCCGCCUCGCCGACGCGCACGGCAGCUUCCGCCAGGCGCUGGUCGCGCUCGCCGCGCUCGAGGCGGAGACGCGGGCCGCGCUGCGGCGCGGCGACCCCGCGAGGCUGGAGUCCGCGUCGCGCGCGCAGCGACGCGCUGGGCGCGACCUCCCCCGCCUCGCGGCUGCCGUGCGCGCAGUGGCUGGCAAGCCUCCCACGCCGCUAAAGGAGGACCUACCGGCCGACACUGCUGCUCUUGCAGCCGCGGUGGCCGACGCGACCGUCGCCGUGGGCUCCGGCUCUACGGCCGUCUUCUCCGGCCUGUCCUCUCUAUCAAAUUCCGCCGCCGCCGCCCGUGUCGAGGUCGCCUCAACGCCGUGCUGGAUAACUGUACCCGCGUCGAACGCACCAAGAACCAGCCACCACCCCAUAUGGUGGGUGGCCGACCUCGUGCGCUGGAUGUCGCGGGCGAAGCGGCGGUCCGCCGAGAAGCAAAACGGCAGUGACGACGACGAGUCUUCCAUCGUGCAACUCCGCUCCGAGGCCCGCAUGAAGCCGGAGGAGAGGGCGCGUAAGGCGGCGUUCGAGCGCCACGAGAACUUGGAACGGUGCAUUGCCAACGUCGACGCCAGUGGCGAGAAGGUGUUUCGAGCUUUGGUCAACACCAGAGUCUCGUUGCUCAACAUUCUGAGCCCGAGCGUCUGAUGUCCGAACCACUCGAAUUAAAAUUUGAAAGUUUUAUUUUAGUUUGCAUGUUUGGACAAAAUCUGUACAUACAGUAGAUUGUUGCCCUGCAUCUUUCAAGAGAUUUGGAACCUGGCGAGCUAAAAGUCCAAAUUUUUGGCCGUGUUCUAGUCAACAACCGAUCGAAUCCUAA